GAGCCGUCACAACACGGACAGCAUUUUUUGACAGAGCGCCUUGCGCUACGCGGAAGGGUAGCAUCGCAGGACGUGGUUCAGAACUGUCAAGCUGUUUACUAAAGGUGUAUGGCCCCAAACUCUAUGAUGAAUCCUGACCAGCGGUCUCUCUCCCAAGAGAUAAAACUACAGGAAAGAGAGGAUUCUGAUAAGGAAGACGGGCAGUCACAUGUAACGACAACUCCCAAAGGAUACCGAAGCAAGACGUCUAGUCUCCCGUUUAGUGUCGAGUCGCUCAUUUCUGACAGAACUCCGUGUCGGACUCAAAGUUUUUUCCAUGAAUCAGAACUAGUUCCACCGAAGUCUGCGCCAGAACGGACGCUACUACACUCGCCAAAGACAUUUCACGCAGAGAAAAACUCUGUCCUUGCCGUCUGUCAAGAUAUACCAGACUGCAAGAAAAAAGAGGGCGAAGAUGAGAGUGAUAGUGAGCACCGCACUUGGUUGCAAACUUCUGCGUACACCUCCCCUCCAAGGCCUUCCAGUCCGUCCGCGUGCACCCUGCGGAAGCACAAAAACAACAGGAAGCCGCGGACGCCGUUCACCACGUCGCAGCUCUUGGCCCUGGAGAGAAAGUUUCGCCAGAAACAGUACCUUUCCAUCGCCGAGAGAGCGGAGUUCUCCAACUCGCUCAGUCUCACGGAGACGCAGGUCAAAAUCUGGUUCCAGAACAGACGGGCGAAAGCCAAGAGACUGCAGGAGGCAGAACUGGAAAAACUAAAACUGGCCACGAAGCCUUUGUUACCCGCUUUUGCCUUUCCAUUCCCGCUGGGAGCGCAUAUUGGCUCGCCUUCUCUGUACGGACCCUCUAAUUCUUUUCCAAGACCGGCCUUGCCAGUGCCCGGACUUUUCAGUGGACCGGUGACUUAUGGAAUGUACUAUUUGUCUUAAGUAGGUAAACAGAAUGUUUUUCAGCCUUUUGUAACGCCGUGUUUAUGUGCGCAGGGCACUGUGCACAUAUUAUUAAAACUGUACACAGAUCUUUCAAACCAACCCAUGAAAAUAUAUACUCAAUUUCGUAUUAGGCCUAACCAGCCCUGAAAACACCAGUUCACGGUAAAAUGCCCAGUGUUAAUUCAACUUUAACAGAGUAGGCUACGUAUGCAAUAGGGACCAGAUGUGCUCUAUAAGAGUUUAUUAACACUGAACAUGUUAUGGUGUUCAUUUCCAAGUCAUGCAGGAAUGGAGGGAUGCAGAUUUGGCAUCAGGAUUCAGGAACCGUUCUUGUAGACAACUUUGACAGACACUCAGGCCGCCGCUAAAAUAAGAAUAUUCAAAGUAAAACUUGAAAAUAAAAUAAUUGCUAAUGGGUGCCAUUUGCAGUUUAUGAAAAACGGCAAAAAUAAGCGACACAGUAGACUUAUAUUAAAUUAUACACUAUUAAUUGAAUGUCAAUGGGAAGUUAAAAAAAAUAAAAAAGAAAGUCUAGCGAUGCUUUUUUGUUUACUACUUGAGGCUGUACCGUUGAUAUCGCUCAGUUGCAGCCCAUCUUCGUGUCUCCAUUUUGCCUAUUCGUGCCUUAUUCGAUGUCCCCUUUCAAGGAAUCCAUUACAGUUGUUUUUUCAGGGACGGUGCUAACAGAAAAUAGCUUUUAUAUGAAAUAUAUAUUAAAAUAGAUUUUAAAACCCCGAUUGAAUUGAGUAAACGUAGAAAUAAAAUAGUAACCUCAUUCGUAGGCCUACUUAUCUCGUUACAGAUAUCAAGUCUAGCUAUAAUGUAACAGGCUAUUUUAAGAAUGUUGUCUUGCAAGACCGUCAACUGUAGCAGGCUCUGAGCAGUCUAAGUAUAAAAUGCUGGUGAUUUUAAAAAGCUGCACAUUGCAGGACAGUGCAUCCACAAAGUUGGAUAGCUUAAAGGUUAUCCAACUUUGUUUAUCAGUUUAUUAGUCCGAAACAUUUUAAAAACGAAGGACAUUUUUCGUUUAGAAACCAAACAUCCGAGAAAAAAAAGCUCUAAACAAAGAUUGUAAAUAAAAGUUAAAAUAUGAUAUUAUAUAAUACGUUGCAGUAGCCUACUUAAUAAUCGGAUUUGGAUAAUUUGGGUCAAGACGUCAAUGUAUGUGUAUAUUUCAAUAAUCUUUAUUUUAUACAAUUAAAGUAUAUUCCUGUCAACAAAAUAAAAAGGUGUAUUUUUCUAAAACCCCUUAAAAGUAUCGCCCCUUUUCUUGACACAAUUUUAAAAAUGACAUACCCAAUAUAAAAUGGUUACUAUUCUUGAACGAUUUUGACUACAGGCAUAAUCCUAGUCUCUUCUGAAAGGUAAUACUUUGGCGUUUGUUUUCCAAUAGUCAGAAUUAAUCAAAAUAUUACUAAAACAAAGUUACAGAAACUCAAACACAGUGAAGGUGGAAGCUUGUUUUCUCAUUGAAAAGAUUUUUGUUUUUGAGAUACAGAUUAUUGCAGCUGUGGCUGGUGCGCUUAGAAACACAAUGGCGCCAAGUCUCUGCUGGACAAAUGGACAUUCCCUUUCAAAUUUGAGGACAAUAUCCCCAAAAAUGAGCAUUCUGCAUUGUUUUUUCUAAUCUAUGGCUAGGCAAUUUUCCAAAAAGGACAUUUGGAGACUCCAAAAGGACACAUGGAAACUAAAUGAUAUUUUGGGUUUUAUGAAGUGUAAAAUGCUGCAUUUUGCUUACUAAAGUAUACAACACUUUUUAUCCUGAAAAGCAGGACUGCCCCCCCCUGUCACCCUCCCCUACCUCCCCGUCCUCAGACAGCAACAGGUCGAGAAGAUCAUACAAAAUAAAUACAAUAAUACCCUCUUGUAUACUAAUAUAUUCAUUGAGGUCCAUUGAUUGAAGUUUGUGUCAAAUACCCAACCCACAUCAACAAGUCACACACAUUCCAUACUUUCACAUGCUAUUUAUUAUUCAAAAACAGGCUGGCUCCUUAUUUAUAAGCAUAGUGAAUAAGACAGUAUUUUGAAAAUGCCCUCUACUGUGUUGUCAAAGGUGUCUUCCUCACAAAUAUUCACUCAGAUUAGAUUCAUUGGAACUCCUCCAAAGGAAGUCCUCCAUUUAGAUGUAGGCAUCACAAAAACAAUUUUUUGUUGUAAAACGUCAACCUUUUUUGGUAUAAAAUCUCAAGAACUGUUUUUGCCGAAGCACAACAUAUUGAAAAUGCUAACUUUGUUAUGCAGGCGAAAAAAUGCUGUGUUGUUUUAUGCACGCCUAACAAGUUAUAAAAUGCUUUUUAGUCGUCACUUGAAUAACAUGCCCAUGGUCGGUUCUUUGAUGAGCUGCAUUUAUACUGAAUGUUCUUACAAGCUAAUGUGGGCAACGCAUUUUCUCUGCAACUAGGUUAUGAAUACUGGUCAGAGACGGCUGUACUUGGGCUCAUCGUGUUCGAGAGAGCCUAUUCAAAACAGAUAAUACAAUUUUUAUGUACAAGCACUUCUGUAGAAGUAUACAACGGCAAAACAGACAACAAUGAUAAUUCCUCCAGAGAAAUUCUUAGUAAACAAUGGACAUUCGAUCUACAUUUCUCCGAGUUAGCACAUUUUAGAAUUCAAAGCUAUUAUGCAUUUGGUCCGCUGGACACUUGUCCAAGGUAACUGCCAUUACCUUAUUUGUUGUAGUAUGUGUAUUUCCAAAAUGCAGAGGUUUUUUUUGUUUUACCACCUUACAAAAUAAGGAACUGUUGUCACUAAAGCAAUGGCAUCUUAAAAUAAGUUACACUGGUAGAACCAUGAGUUUUAAUUUAACAGUACAUCCGGUUACCAUAGUGAAAUUGCAGGAUAAAAACAAUCAUUAAGGGGUUAACAUCACAUUAAAAAAUAUUUUCAGAGGAUGUUUGGCCUACUACAGUAUAUGCUUUGUUGAGUAUGUGUGUUAUUUUUUUCAAAACUUUUGAGAACAUUAUGGGCUACUUGGAAAAAGAGUAAACUUUAUAAGU